AUGGUAGGGUGGAUGCGUUUCGUUGAUCGUGCGGGAACUGCUAUCGUGAGAAAAGCUCCAACAGGGCGUUGUGGUGGUUUGGAUGCCGGAUGGAUACUUGGCGUCUAUCCAACAGAACCUGGAGCAACGACACUCAGCACUUUGUGUUAUGUCGACGAGAUUGGAAAUCCGUGUUCAACAUCUAAACCAAUUCGCACUACACAUUGUGGUGAUUUCUUAGUAUUUGAAAUACCUGCUCCACCAGAUUGUCCUACACGAGCUUGCACAGAAGACUACAUAUUUAAUUAA